AUGAUUCACGUGACAGCUGAAAUAGGGAAGACAGGCAAGAAAGAGAGAGAGAAGAGACACUUUCCUGAUGUGCAUAAUAAACCUGGCAAAACUAAUCCUUCUGAAGAACAGGGGCGAAGACACAUAUACAUGCCUGACGGUAGAGAGGAACCAUGGAAACCUCACUACGAGAAUAUUAAUGUCAAAUACACUGAAUCAGGCCCAGACUGGAGUUCAAAGUUGAAAUACAUACCUGCCCCUUCUAACCCAGAUUAUCCAGCUGCAGAAAUUUGGCCAGAUAACUGGAAAGCUUUACGGCCUUAUCCAUUCUCCAAUCGACAGUCACAGAAGGAGUGGAUACUAGCACCAAACCUGACAAAACUUGGGCUGAGAUGUUUCUUCGAUGGUGUGCACAUGGCCUCUCUAACAUCAGACAAGGAGGUGAUGUACGGAUGUGCCAGGCAUGAAGACAACAUAGACAAGAGGAACUCACUGGCUGAAGCCUCACCGGGAUACAAGAGUUAUCAGGUGCCGGAGUACUCCUCCAGCUUCUAUAAAACUUCUUCUGAGGAUAUAAUGCCCAGAUUCAGAAUGAGCAGUUUGCCAUAUAUAACUAGACCGUACAAGAAAGCUGAUACAUUCAUACCCUUAGUCCCUUUACCACAUAUUAAAAGGAAAACAUUUCGACACAAAAUGGAAAAAAGUCAGAAACAAGAAGAAGUAGAAGAAGUGAGAAUACUAGAUCUUUGGCAACCAGCAAAACCCAUAUCAGAAAGACUACUCCAGUUUGAACUUACAACAGACGGCAAGAAGCAGUAG